AUACAUCGUUAAAACGUACGAGACCUGUCAAAGUCAUACAGAAUCUCAAAGUGCGCGGUUUCAAGUUGUAAAAGUAUCGAGGCGUCGUCUGUUCACACAUAAUGGAUCAACUACAUGACCUAAUGGUCCUGACGGAUGCUCUCAACACCACUGUGACGGAGUUCACCGAAAACGUGGAAACUCUAUCGGGAAUGGUUCGAGAGAUAUAUAAGGAUCUCGAACGUUUGGAAACGACCAUGCCCAAGUUCGUGACAUUAGAGGUGCACAUACGAGUGCACGACACGAUGUUUGCAACAUUAAAACAAAUAUUUACCUUUAUCAAGGAAAUGAAUAUGCCCUUGAAAGACUAUGUACGACGAUUAUCUGAUGUGCGUGGGGAUAUGAAUGAAACAAGAGUGAAGAAGGCAAAGCCAAGUGGAUCUGUAUGAAAGAGAGAGAGAUAACCGUACCCAAGAAU